AUGAAUUUCGAUCUCCCCCCCGACCUGGUGGCGCAUCUCGCAUCUUUGGAUGCCUUCAUCGACGAGAAGAUCCUCCCUCUGCAACACGCCGACGACAACAACCGCUUCUUCGACCAUCGUCGCGAGUUCGCCCGCACCGAUUUGUCCAACGGGGGGCUCCCGACCGCGGAAUGGGAACAGCUCCUCCGUCAGGCCCGCCAGCUCGCCGACGAAGCGGGCUUCUUCCGGUUUGCCCUCCCCACGGUCUACGGCGGCCAGGGCCACCCCCAGAGCAAUGUCUGGAUGACGGCUACGCGCUUCCACAUGGCGUCGCAUCCGGUUUAUGGGGGCGGUAUCGGCCUCGCCAACGACCUGCAGAACGAGCACAGUGUGGUGGGUAAUUUCCCGGACGUGCUGAUGCUGCACCAUUUCGGCUCUGAUGAACAACGUCGCACCCUCAUCCCGCAGCGCCUGCGCGGCGAAUUUCGUGCCACCUUCGGCCUCACCGAGCCAGACCACGGCAGUGACGCCACGUUCCUAUCUACUUCGGCGAUUCCGACCCCUGAUGGGGGCUUCGAGAUCAACGGGAGCAAGAAGUGGCAGACUGGCGCCCACCACUGCACCCAUCUGAUCGUCUUCGCACGCACGUCGGGAAAACCAGGGUCCGCCCGCGGCAUUACGGCCUUCCUAAUCCCUCGCGACACGCCGGGAGUACGGGUCGUGAGCUUCGAAUGGACCUUCAACAUGCCCACCGACCAUGCGACCAUCGCGCUAGAGGGCGUGCGGGUGCCCGCGUCGGCGGUGAUCGGGCAACUCGGACAGGGACUCGCGAUCGCGCAGACGUUCGUCCACGAGAACCGCAUCCGCCAGGCGGCCAGCUCGUGCGGGGCGGCCAAAUACUGCCUGGAGCGCAGCAUCGAGCGGGCGCAGAGCCGCCAGAUCUGGGGCGAGGGUCGCCGGCUCGCGGACCACCAGGCCAUCCAGUUUCCCGUCGUCGAGCUCAUGACGCAGGUGGAGAUGCUGCGGCUGCUCAUUUUCCAGACCAGCUGGGAGAUGGACCGCGUGGUGGCGUCUGGGGUGCGGUGGCCGUGGGUGCAGAUUGAGCGGACGCUGAGCGACAAGGUGGCCAUGUGUAAUUACUGGGCGAACCGACUGUGCUGCCAGGCGGCCGACCGAGCGAUUCAGAUCCACGGCGGCGACGGAUACUCGCGACACUACCCUUUCGAGCACAUCUAUCGCCACUUCCGCCGGUACCGCAUUACCGAGGGCGCAGAGGAGAUUCAGAUGCGCAAGGUGGGUGCCUAUUUGUUUGGAUUUGGGGGGAAGGCCCGUUCAACCAAGAUGUAG